AUGCCUCCAAAAAGAACUCCAGUUUCGAAGAUCCAAAAGACCGCUGCAUCGUUAUCUUCUCAACUAUUGGAUCUAUACAAAUAUCUACAAUACCAGCUAAUGAGAGAUAAAUUGGAAGUAUACCUCUAUACAGAGAUUAUACAAGAAUUUGAGGUAGUCAAAGAAAAAGAAGCCCGAAAUCAGCUAUUACUACAGCAAGGUGCAUCCCUAAAUUAUAUGAUUCCAAGUAUUGAAAGAGAAUCUACCAAUCCAGAGAGUUUUGUCUUGCUUUUGGAUAAGAACAUUUCUUUUUACCCUUAUUUCGUCAAUCGCUUCUACAAGACCCAAUAA